GUCAUCAUGCUGGCCGUAGAGGACGCUGGUGUUUUCUUCCUGCCCCAUGUUUCUUGCAGUAAUGGCCGCCGGAGUUUCUAUUCAGCAUUUAGCGGAUGUUUGUUUACAACUAGUGUAGACCGUAAGUGUCGAAUGUGAUCUGCUGGGGUCUGCGGCACGGGUGAGGGGAACGAUCCAAGCCUGGCCACGGAGCGCAGCAAAAUUACCAGUGAGUGCGUGUGCGCCCCGGACGAGGGGGAACUAUCACCCGUCUCCAUGUUGUUACGUACACAAAUGGCGGGCCUUGAGUUCUAUGACGCUGUGCUCAACAACGACCUACAGCAGUUGAAGCGUCUGGUCGCCCAGCACAAACUCGAUCUCAACGGCAAGUUCUUGGAGGUUCGGCGUAAGAACGACGCCGGCCUUUGUCCCAUACACCUGGCCUCCUACCGGGGCCACACCUACAUGCUCCAGUACUUGAUAGAAGCCAAAUGUGACGUCAACCACACAACUGGCACGCUGAGACGAACCGCCUUGCAUUUUGCCGUCCAGAGUCAUAAGAUGGCCUGCAUGCUUCUCCUUAUAGGUGCCGGGGCCAAGCUGGACGCCAAAGACACGUUUGGGAAUUCCCCUUGUCACUAUGCGGCAGACGACGGCUACUGCCAGAUCCUAGACGUGCUCAUACGUCGUGGGGUCAACGUCAACAGCCAAGACAUCACGUCGAAAACACCGCUGAUGAAGGCCGUGCGUAACAACAAAACGGACGCUGUGCUUCGCUUAUUGAGGGCCAGUGCAGACCUGAACAUCACCGACCGGAACUGUGACAUGGCCCUGCACUACGCGGCCAGAAACGGGUGUGUGGAUAUUAGUGAUAUUUUACUCUCCGCCGGCAGUUUAAUCAAUGUACAGAACUACUGGGGCAGGAGUCCUCUCAUGGAGGCCGUCUGCUACAACCACAAGGAGGUGGUCCAGCUUCUCCUCAGUGCUAGCUGUGACGUCAAUCGGAGGGAGUUCAAAACGGGUGACACCGCCUUGCACAUCGCAAUCAAACGAAACUACACGCGUGUCGUGGAGCUUCUGCUGGCGGCCGGAAGUCGUCAUGACGUGUACAACCACCAGGGCGAGACGGCCGUGCAUGACGCCGUGGCCGGCAACAAAAUGGACAUCACCUGGCUACUUAUUGUCUACAACAUUGACCUCGACGUCCCCGUUAAAUAUUUCCCCAACGGCGUCUAUAAAUCUGUUUUCAAACUAGCGGCCGAGAGAGGCCACUAUAAGCUGUGUCGCCUGUUGGCCACCAUCGGAUACGUGGACUACUCGGCCCGGAUGUACUUCUACGCUGGCUACGUCCAGGCCCGGCCAGGGGAGCAGGACGAGGCACUCCUGUGGCUUAGGACUGCCCUCAAGAGGGUCGUGCCGCUACAGCAGUUGUGCCGGAAGGUGAUCCGCCGCCACGCCGGACACAAUCUGUGGGAGAAGGUGGAGCUCCUGCCCGUGCCUCGCGCUCUCAAAGACUACGUGCUGAUGAAAGAUGUUCUGGAACACAAGAACGAGAGCGUGGUGUAAAGGUGUUGUUGGCUUUGUUAUUUCCGCGCAUGGAUAUCUCGUGAGAGUCACGUGCCCAUGGAGACAGAGGACACCCCGUCAGUUGUUGUUCAUGAAGCAAAAUCCUAACAUGCUAGUCAUCUUCUAACCAUGUAGUAUGCUAAUGAUCUUCACCAAAUAUUGUACCCCACUCCGUGUUAUCAUCAGUUCGCAUUUUUUUCUCAUCCAUGAUUUAAAAUGUCAUUCACUUAUUUAAGUAUUGGUUCUUUGAUAGUUGACCUUUUUGCGAGAAAUCGGCAACUAGAAUUCCCUAUUGUCAUAGUAAAUGACGUGACUUAACCGAAGGCAUAAAAUCCGAUAGUUUUACGAAUGCUUUAGAGUGGUAUAACACACUAGUCCUGGUUACGUAAACACGAGAGUGAACAUGUUCCUUAGACGCCCACAAAUACAGUAGGUUUAAUCCAGCUCAGUGAUUGGUCCCCUUUCCACUUCUGCUAGGUUACAGUAAUCACAUGGAUAUGCUCGACUUAACAGUCAGUCUUAAAUUUUUUCCUAUAUUUCUUUUAGAAUUUCCCUCUAAUUUGUAAUGGGUUUCACUAGUCUAAAAAUUUAAAUAUCAUGCUCUCAACAGUUAUUUUUAAAAAAAAACACUUUUAUUCACAGUUUUCAUACCAACACAUCGUUAACCUAUCACACAUACAUACUACACAAACAUACCACACAGACAUACUACACAAGCAUACCACAACGACAUACUACAUAAAUACAUAUGACACAAACUUACUACCCAUACAUACUACACAAACAUACUCGUACAUACUUCAUAAACUACAGCACAUACAUACCACGUAUGUAAUCAGGACAUACAAGUUGGACAAGCAUACACAUACAUCAGUACAUAAAAACCAAACAUACCAACAAGCUAUCCAGACAUAUAAUAAUGACAUACAGCUCAGACAAUGACAUACAAGUCGAUGACAUACACCUCAGACAAUGACAUACACCUCAGACAAUGACAUAUACCUAAGACAAUGACAAACAUCUCAGACAAUGACAAACAUCUCAGACAAUGACAUACACUCAGACAAUGACAUACACCUCAGACAAUGACAUACACUCAGACAAUGACAUAUACCUAAGACAAUGACAUACACCUCAGACAAUGACAUACACCUCAGACAAUGACAUACACCUCAGACAAUGACAUACACCCCAGACAAUGACAUACAACUAAAAAAGGCGAGACAGUUAAGACAACCCGAACAACCAAAGUAUCCUGACCAACACAAACCAUGUACCAUCCUGACAUAUAUUCCCUUGACAUAUAUUCCACACAUAUAUCCAGACCAGCAACACGUUUGCCAUCCACACAUACAUAUAUGUAAGAUAGAUCAUAAGUUAUACAUGGCAAAAUGUUUGCUAAAUUAGAAUAAAGUAAAGCAAGCUCAUAGAAAUAUAUAACAAUCUUGUAUACCAUACCAUAUGACAAUAUCAGAAACCACUACCCACCCCUUCGUAUCAUAUAGUUUGUGCAGAAUCGCUUAGACAAACUUAGUAAAAUUAUUUUACGAAUAUACUAGUUAAACAAAGUUACCAUUCCGAUACAAAGUUAAGUGAACAUCUGUUAGAUACAUCCUGCCUAAUUUGAUAUCUAAAAGUUUCAUGUUUUUCUACACACCUCUGUGUCUGAAAGCUAAAAUUGUUUUAUCAAACUAGCUCAAAGGUUUCCUCCACCUGUGUGAUGUAACACCUCCACCUGUGUGACGUCACGUGAACGCCACCUGUGUAAUGUAAUCUUACACCCACAUAUGUGACGUCACCUUACUUCCACCUACUUACCUGUGUAGGGGGAUUAAAUCGGUUAAAUGUUGUGACGUAUUUCUGGCUAAUUGUUGUAAAUUGACAGGUGUGAAGGUGUAAUGACAUUUAGUAAUUAAGGUCAAAGCCUUAACACACGUCAUGUUUAAGAUUUAUAAUCCCCCUCUUGCCCUACACCCACCUUCACGACUAAGUACUGGGAACAGUUGAUGGGGGAACAGUGUUAGAAUUAAAAUAAUCAGAUUGUUUUUAAGGCAGUUAAAUAAAAUUGGAGGUAGUUAUUGCCUAACUAAACAAAUUCUGAUUUAGCCAAACUUUUAUUCUAGAAUCAGCGUCUGAGUAAGGGAAAUGCAAACAAAAAUAAACCAGAUUAAAAAAAAAUCUCAUCCUCCAUUGUGAAUACAUGAGCUGGCAUAACACUCGCUGUUACCGUGCCGUGAAAUCGAUUCUCUAAAAGCAUCGCUACGUCAGAGGGCGUUGGCAUCGAUACCGUACCGUGUUGAGUGGGAAGUAGGUUGGCCUUAUCUAUCAACAAAAUUUGUAUUCGCCAAACCCGAUUCUCGUUAAAGCUUCACGCCACUGUUUCAGCCCAGUCUACAGUUAGCUUGGGUGGGGGCUAGACUCUAGGAUACAGGCGGGGAGGGUGGCGGUGUGUAGAGCCCCGCCCUUGGUGUUAAUCGAUGGUUCUCGUUUUGACAAUAUACGAGUUGUGUCCCCUGCAUACAGCUCACUUUAGCCAUUCCAAAUCCAGAAGAUUCUUACAUGUCUCCAUUCAUUUUGUUUGUACAUAAAUCUAAAGCUUAUUAAGAAGAAAAAACACAUAUGAUUUUUAAUAUAAGAAAAAGUCGGACUACUCAAGGCAUACGACCUACCUAUAAAUCCCAUCAAGUGGAGUUAAAAUUUAAAUUAAUUAAUCUUUUUUUUUUUUGUAAAUCAUAAAUGCAUAGAAUUAGAAUGCCUACUUUGACUCUCUAAAAAUAGACCCAGGUCAUAACACAGAGAUGUUUACUAGUAACCAAUGGCAACUAUAUAGCGCACGUGCUGGAUAAUUAUUUUUAGAAUUGUUAUAUUAACGUUAAUUUAUCAACACAUUUACGUGGCCAUAAAAAGGCUUAUCGGACUAACCUGCAUUGAAUGAGCUUAACUCUAGGUGUAGCAUAUAAGUUAAUAUAACCUAGAGUUCUAUCAGUAUUGCUUUUUGACGAGUCUCGUUUACAAUACAAAGUUGGUUAAGUUUCAAUAGCACUAGGGUGGGACAACCACGUGAUUAGCACGUGACAGAUUCUAGACAUUUUCCGUCCGAGAUCGACGACGACAUUCCAAAACUUUUUUAGCUUCAGCUUUAGUCACUUUUUAAAACUAGUGUGUACAGCGCCAUCUUUCAGAAGGUUUUAAGUUUGCUGAAACAGUAGAUUGUGGCCCUUGCAAAGUUAGCAUACAAGGGAAACAAAUCUAUGUAACUUAAAUGUUAGGUUUUAUUUUUGUUAACAUGUUUAUUUUGUUUCAUAUUUGAGCAAUUCAUACCGUUAGAAUUUUUAUUUUAAGCUUAUGUAAGUUGUAAGUGGUUGUUGUGAAAUGGGUGUAAUUAUUUUAUCAUUCCAAAAAAUAGCAGAAGUCUAAGCAUUUGACGCCCACUUGAAGUCGAAAUAACUCAAAAAUUGUAUAGAUCUAAUAAAUCUCAACAUUUUUCAUUAAUCAAUGCUGGGAAAGUCUUGUAUUAUCCAUAUGGGCCUACGGCCCUACACUUCGAAAUAUUAACCUUUGUCAAACAGUACCAGAUUAAACAGGCAACCCAUGUCAUACACGACAAGCCAAUACAGGUAGUCACUGACAGAAAGACUGAGACAGUCAACAGUAGACUAGAUAGGCAGGUAAAAAUUAUUCAUGCAUUGAAUAGAGUCAAUAGACAUUUACCACAACUAGAAAUAAUAGUGCUGACAAAGAGGUUUUCAAAUCUCAUCAAUAAUAAAUAAUUGUUUUUAAACACAUAAACGUAUAUUUGUAAUUUGAAAAAUGAAUUUGAUUUUUAUAAACCAUUCUUACUGUUUCUGAGUGGUAGAGAAACUGCGUUCUCUGUGGGUGACUGUCACAAUCUCACCAGCAGAUUAUUUAUAUCUCAUUCAAUAAUAUGUACUAGGUUUAUUAAAAUGUCAUAUUUUGUUAUUGUUUUCAUAACAUGUCACAACUUAUUUGUCACACUUGAUCAGAUGGUACUGACCAUGUUAAGAUUUUGCUUCUUAAUUAGACGGAGUCGGGUAAUUGAUGUCUUUGCUCAUACACAAAUGUUACAAUUUAACAAAGAAAAUGUAAACAAUAUAAAAUGCCUAAAAAUACAAAACAAAUUUUUUCUCUCUA